ACUUUGAUGAGAGGACUAUAAAAGCUGUGCUCCCAGAGGAGAUCCAUCUUAUUUGGCAGCUGCCGCCUCACACACAGCUUCUGAUAUCGUAGCGAUUUCUUCGUCACUGUACCUGUCACCAUGGCCCACCGAUUUCCAGCCCUCACCGCAGACCAGAAGAAGGAGCUCUCAGAAAUUGCCCAGCGCAUUGUUGCCAAUGGGAAGGGCAUCUUGGCUGCAGAUGAAUCUGUAGGCACCAUGGGAAACCGCCUGCAAAGGAUCAAAGUGGAAAACACCGAAGAGAACCGCAGGCAGUUCCGAGAAAUCCUCUUCACUGUGGAUAAUUCCAUCAACCAGAGCAUUGGAGGAGUGAUCCUUUUCCACGAGACACUGUACCAGAAGGACAGCCAGGGAAAGCUGUUCAGAGACAUCCUCAAAGAAAAGGGAAUCGUGGUGGGCAUCAAGUUAGACCAAGGAGGUGCUCCCCUGGCAGGAACAAACAAAGAAACCACCAUUCAAGGACUGGAUGGCCUCUCAGAACGCUGUGCUCAGUAUAAGAAAGAUGGUGUUGACUUUGGGAAGUGGCGUGCUGUGCUGAGGAUUGGGGACCAGUGUCCCUCCAGCCUUGCUAUCCAAGAAAACGCCAAUGCCCUGGCUCGCUAUGCCAGCAUCUGUCAGCAGAAUGGGCUGGUGCCCAUUGUUGAACCAGAGGUACUUCCUGAUGGGGACCAUGACCUGGAGCACUGCCAGUAUGUUUCUGAGAAGGUCCUGGCUGCUGUCUACAAGGCCCUCAAUGAUCAUCAUGUUUACUUAGAGGGCACCUUGCUAAAGCCAAACAUGGUGACUGCUGGACAUGCCUGCAACAAGAAAUAUACACCACAGCAAGUGGCUUUGGCCACCGUCACAGCUCUCCACCGCACUGUUCCUGCAGCUGUUCCUGGCAUCUGCUUCUUGUCUGGAGGCAUGAGUGAAGAGGAUGCCACGCUCAACCUCAAUGCUAUCAACUGUUGCCCUCUGCCAAAGCCCUGGAAACUAAGCUUCUCAUAUGGACGAGCCCUGCAGGCCAGUGCACUGGCUGCCUGGGGUGGCAAGGCUGCCAACAAGAAGGCAACCCAGGAGGCUUUUCUGAAGCGGGCCCUGGCCAACUGCCAGGCGGCCCAGGGAAAGUACGUGCACAUGGGUUCAUCAGGUGCGGCCGCCACCCAGUCGCUCUUCACAGCCUCCUACACCUACUAGGCCGUGACACCUGCCAGCCAGGCUCUGGCUCCCCUAAGUGCUUUGGCUGGAGAGCUGAAAAGGUGUCAAUACACCCAGCAAACUAGAAAAAAUUACAUUGGAACUGCUGACAACACAAUAUAUGUAAAUUUUAAACACAGAGCUAAAGCCAGAUCAGUUGUUGAAACCUGAGUAUGAGCACAUCAGUAUUCUCUGAACACCUCGAGCUCCCCAUGCUCCAGAACAUUCAAGAAAAGAACAGGCUUUAAAGGAAAACUAGAUAAAAAAUACUGAGGAGAACACUUCAAAAGCUGAGGGUGGAGAGAGGAGAUGCAUCUUAUUAAAUAUCCUCACCAGGAGUAGGUUAUGAAGGAGGCAGCAGCAAUGGAAACGAAAUAAAAUGUCAUAUAAACCUUCA